AUGUACUACUUUCCCUACAAAUACCUUUCCCCACACCUAUUUCCUGCAUUGCAAUCUCAAUUUAGGGAAAAAAAUAGAAUUCACAAGUCAUCCGAAUCAAUUAUCAAGAUGCAGAUCUUUGUUAAGACCCUUACUGGCAAGACCAUAACUCUCGAGGUCGAAAGUUCAGACACAAUUGAUAAUGUUAAAGCUAAGAUUCAGGAUAAGGAAGGAAUCCCUCCAGACCAACAACGUUUGAUCUUUGCCGGUAAACAACUAGAGGACGGCCGGACACUAGCGGACUACAACAUCCAGAAGGAGUCCACCCUCCACCUGGUUCUCCGCCUUCGUGGUGGCAUGCAAAUCUUCGUCAAGACCUUGACAGGAAAAACAAUAACCUUGGAAGUUGAGAGUUCCGACACAAUUGAUAAUGUUAAGGCAAAAAUUCAAGAUAAGGAAGGAAUCCCUCCAGACCAACAAAGGCUUAUAUUUGCAGGCAAACAACUUGAAGAUGGAAGGACCCUUGCGGAUUAUAAUAUCCAGAAGGAGUCGACCCUUCACCUUGUGUUGAGGCUGAGAGGUGGCAUGCAAAUUUUCGUCAAGACAUUGACGGGGAAAACUAUAACUUUGGAGGUUGAAAGUUCGGACACAAUUGAUAAUGUGAAGGCAAAAAUUCAAGAUAAGGAAGGAAUUCCGCCGGAUCAGCAGAGGUUGAUCUUUGCCGGGAAACAGCUUGAGGAUGGGAGGACCCUUGCAGACUAUAAUAUCCAGAAGGAGUCAACCCUUCACCUUGUGCUUAGGCUGAGAGGUGGCAUGCAAAUUUUCGUCAAGACAUUGACAGGGAAAACUAUUACUUUGGAAGUUGAAAGUUCAGACACAAUCGAUAAUGUUAAGGCGAAAAUUCAAGAUAAGGAAGGAAUUCCACCAGACCAGCAGAGGUUGAUCUUUGCCGGGAAACAACUCGAGGACGGGAGGACUCUUGCCGAUUACAAUAUCCAAAAGGAAUCAACUCUUCACCUUGUGUUGAGGCUCAGGGGUGGUUUUUGA